GUGUAUUGGGGCGCGAGCCUGAGCGUGCUGCAGCGUGUUUAUAAUGUGGAGGAUUUUCCGGCCGCGCCUGAGCAGCAGCUUCAGCUCACACAGCAGGAUGGCAUCUGAGCAGUUGGGCGAGCUGGGGAAAGGUGCAGGGAAAGGAGGAGGAGGAGGAGGUGCAGUCAGAGAGGCAGGAGGAGCGUUUGGAAAGAAGCAAGCUGCUGAGGAAGAGUUGUACUUCAAGAAGAAGGAGAGGGAACAGAUAGCUGCUCUGAGACAACAUCAUCAGGAAGAAAUCAGUCACCACCAGAAGGAGAUUGAGCGUCUUCAAGAAGAGAUCAGCCGCCAUGAGGGCAGAAUUCACCAGUUAAAAAAGCACGACUGAGACGAGUACAGAUUAAUAUGAUUAUCGUCAGUCUUUACCAGACCUUCCAACUAAGUGUUGCAAAUGUGGUGGCUUUUUGCAGUUUUCCAUGAUUUAUUAAAAUGGAAUAAAAGGAAACUGAUUAACCAA